AUGGACCCUUCAACAAAUAGUUUGAGGAAGUGUUUGUUUAACUGUUGCCUGUGGUUCCAAAAAUGUUGUGACUCAGCAGAACCUGAUGGGAAACAAUCUGGAAUCAGUUUAACAAGUUUACGUCAUAUAAAUGAUGAGCCUGAGCACACAAACAAGUUCAAGAGAAAUAAUCAAAAUCAAAGAACAAUUGAAACACUGUUUGGAAAACUUCACCUUCAAGAACAACUUCAUCAAAAGUUGUCUUUGGCCGAUUUCCUUCAACUACAUCACAGUGUUAAACGGAAGCAUCCGACUUCUGAAGAAGACCUGGCUCUCAGGUUUCUCCAGAAGAUCCAGGUCCUGGACUACAGGGCUAGAAGCGUUUGGGUCCUUGACAGGGUGCGGGACAGUGACCCUGGUGUAAACACAGGAGCAUCAGCCCAGACUCCAGUUCAUCCGAUGGACGUUCAGAUGGCCGUGUUCCACUGCUCUGACAGCUUCCUGCAGCAGAACAUGGUCACUAAACUCUCCCAGUGUCAGUACGCGUUACCUCUGCUGGUUCCUCACCCACUAACUGGUGAGGUUCACUUUCCUCUCUGGACCUUCAGACAAAUCAUUAAAACAUGGAGGACCCCUCCAACCAUGACGAGUGUCCCCGUCUACAAAGCUCAGACCCCCAUGGUGUCGUUCCUGCGUCUGGGUUCUCUGUCAGUGUCCAAGUCUCAGCUGAUGAACGACCUGAUCAACGAGCGUCACAGCACCUUCUUCCACAGAAACUGUGCAGGCAGCACCAAGAGCCGGCUGCUGAUGGACGGCGUGGCAGAGAUCGCCUGGUACUGUCCUGCUGGCAAAGCCAACGAUGCCUUCACUGCCUGCAUCGCCUUCUGUAACCUGCAUGGAGACGCGCUGGAGUUUGAACGGCAGCGAGAAGUACUGCUUGGAAAGUCUUCAGGCAACGUUGUUCUGGUGCCGACGCUGGAGAAAGGAGACAAAAACUGGACGGUCAUCACUGAACUCUGUGAGUCCUCAAAGCCUCUUAUUGUCCUUAUUGCAGAUGCAAAUUCUGGUACAGUUCAGAUGAAUAAAGGGAAAACAUUUAAAAUAGGUUUUAAAGACAGAUCUGAAGUUUGUCAGAAACUGAAAAAAAUCUUUGGAAAGAUCUUAUCUGGACCACAUGAGUCCUUCCAGCUUGAAACCUUGGCUGAAGUCCUGGUCAGAGUGGAUGAAGACGAUCCAGCCUGUCACAGUGGAAAAACUGCUGCAAUGAACAUAGUGGAGUUAUUUCAGGGAAUAGAGGUUUCAAAGAUCAAAGAUGAAUUCCUCCGUUGUCAGGGUGACCUGUGGCAAAACUGGUGCAGAAUAAACAAAGAGCUGUAUCACCUCAAAGGAAACAUUGAAAAGGAGAAAAGUGAAAAACAACAGCAACUGAUGCAAAUACGACGAGAUCAGUGCAAAGCUUCAUGUAGUGAAGUGAUGAAGUUGUUCAUCAACAGUUUGUCUUCACUGCCAUCACCAGACAAAGAGUAUUUCCUUAAAUGGACCCAGAUCUUGAUAGACGCUCUCUCUACUGAUGAUCUCUGUUCAAUACUCCAAGACUAUGAUAAAACAUGGUCUAAGAUCUUGGCUUUGAAGAAGAAACAUGACAAAUCAGACAAGUUAAAAACCAAACAAACUGAGCUUGAACAAAUCUCCCAGAAGCUGCAGUCGGCCACGUUUGGCUUGGAGCACAUCUUUAGAGAAAUGGGGCAGAUCUAUGAAGCCCAUAAAUCUGUGGACGCACCUCCAGAGGAGGUUCCGAGCCACUGGUCCAAAUACCCGGCGCUGGCUGCAGAGCUGAUGCUAUCAGGACACCCCCUGGAGCUGAUGGAUGGAGACGCAGGUCACGUGCCUCUAACGUGGGUCUCCAGUGUUUUACAUGAAGUCAGGAGGAAAGUGGGCGACCGCAGAGUCUUUGUGUUGUCGGUUCUGGGCGUUCAGAGCAGCGGGAAGUCAACGAUGCUGAACGCCAUGUUUGGACUGCAGUUUGCAGUGAGUGCUGGCAGAUGCACCAGAGGAGCCUUCAUGCAGCUGCUCAAGGUGUCAGAGGAGAUGAAGCACCUGAGGUUUGACUACAUUCUAGUGGUGGACACCGAAGGACUGCGAGCUCUGGAGCUGGAAGGAAACACCACUCACCACGACAACGAGCUGGCAACGUUUGUAGUUGGUCUGGGAAACAUGACGCUCAUCAACAUCUUUGGAGAGAAUCCAGCCGACAUGCAGGAUGUUCUGCAGAUUGUUGUCCAGGCUUUUAUGAGGAUGAAGAAGGUCAAACUUUCUCCAAGUUGUGUGUUUGUUCACCAGAAUGUUACAGACAUCACAGCCACAGAGAAAAACAUGGAAGGAAAGAGACGCCUGCAAGAAAAACUGGACCAGAUGGUUCAACUAGCAGCCAGAGAGGAGGGCAGCGACGCAGAGAGCUUCAGUGACGUCAUUGCAUUCGAUGUUCAGACAGAUGUGAAAUACUUUGCUCAGCUGUGGGAGGGAAGUCCACCGAUGGCUCCUCCAAACCCAGGUUACAGCGAGAGCGUCCAGGAGCUGAAGGACUUCAUCCUGUCUAAGGCUUCACGGUCUGAUGGGGUCACUCUGUCACAGUUCAGCGGUAAAAUCCAGGACCUGUGGAACGCGCUGCUGAAUGAAAACUUUGUCUUCAGCUUCAAAAACACACUGGAAAUCGCAGUGUACAGAAAACUUGAGGUUCAGUACGGAAACUGGACCUGGACCCUGAGGAGCAACAUGUUGACUAUUGAAAACCAGCUUCACACCAGAAUUGAAAAUGGAAAACUGGACAAAGUUGAGCUCAGUUAUCUUUACAAAGAAAUAAGUGAAACAUACGAAGAAAUUAAAAGUGAAAUGACAAAGUAUUUUGAAGAUGACAAAGAUAGAGAAAUGUUGGUUCAGUGGCAAAAUCACUUUGAAACUAAAAUCAAGGAUUUUCAUAAUGAACAGGUGAAAGAAGUGAAAAGAAAACUGGACGAAGUUCUCCAGCAGAAGAAAGCUUGUAAAAACCUUGACGAUCAGAAGACAGAGUUUGAGACCAAGCUGCUCCAAAAGAGCAAAGAACUCGCUCACACGUUAGAAGACAAGGACAAAGAUGAAGAGCAACUGAAAAAGCAGUUCAACUGUAUGUGGAGUGACUGGGUCACAGAACUGACUCCCAGUACAAUGCCUAUUCAAGACAAUAACUUUCAAGAUGAUAAGUUUAAUAUUCUUCAAGAUCUUGGUAUUGACUUGACUCUCGUCUAUAAAUCCAUUAACAGUGAUGAAUAUAAAAACAUAUCAAAAAUUGGUGAUUACAGCAAAUAUGUCUCCAUCACAAGGCAACAAGAGCAGACGAGCUGUGACACAAGCCAACAAACAGACGAUGGGAAACAGAUCAAAUGGGCACACAGACUAUGGAGGUUUUUAAAAGGAGCAGUGGGAUACGGAUCCACUCAGCAAACCAGAGCAGACACAUCGAGCUCUUUGCCGCAUGAAAACCAAAUGGGCAUCAGAUCUCUCAUUGACAACGUUGAACAAGAAACUGUGACGAUAAUGAAGAGCAAACCUGUGGCUGCAAGAGGCUACACAUCCACUUAUCUGCAAGAAGUAGCAAACAAUGCUAAAGACAAAGUGAUAGAGUUUGAAUCCCAGGAGAAAUGUGCUCUAAAGAAGGAGUUUACAGUUGAUCUGUUACUCUUCGUGUUUGACAGAGCUGAAAGGUGGAUUUCAGAGUCUCAGAACACGUUCAAGAAGAACAAUGAUGCUCCAACCUCACAACAAUAUUACAAGAUUUUUACAAGCUACUGCAAAGGAGCCUCUUCGGCUGUUGUUCUGGGAGAACUGAACUGUGAAAAACUGAAGGUUUCUAUUGUUGAGGCCGCCUGUAACCAGACUGCUAUUGAUCUGGCUGGAGACAUGAAGUGUAACUGCCCAGCAUUCAAUGGGAACAGACUGAACCUGGAGAAACAUGUGUUAAGGACACUGGCAGAGAGGGAAAACUUUGAAGAUUUCAUCACUUACAUCUAUCACCCAAGAAAACAUGUAGAGAGUUUUAUAAAGGAGGAAGUGAGGAAAUACAUCUUCACAGAACACAAAGAAAAAGCUCUGAAGAUACUGAAAAAGAAUGUUGAAGACGUGAAGAAUCUAGUGAGCAAUGCUUUAUUUACAGCAACAGACAAAGUCAAAGCCCAGAGAGGAAACACUGACAUGUGGCUGGAGGAAUUCUCUGCUUUAAUAAAAGACAAACUGACAUUUGAUCCCAUCUGUUCUCAAAACUUCAUUGACAUCAGUGACUUUGACCAUCUUAAAGAUGAGGUAGAGACAGGCCUGACAUCCAUAGUUACAGAGAUGAGCAGCCUCUCGCUGGAUAAGAUGAAGGACUUCAGGCUGCAGCCUGAUCAGAUCCUCAUUGACCAGCUGUGUAGUUGCUGCUGGGUCCAGUGUCCGUUCUGUGGAGCUGUUUGUACCAACACUCUGGAAGAUCACAGUCCUGGCGAUCACAGCGUCCCUUUACAUCGAUUCCCUGCACUCACUGACUCACACGGUGCAAGUCCAGCUGAGCUGAGCUUUGACUUCUGCACAACUAAGGUUGCAAGUGAUCAAAGCUUUAGUCCUGGUCUUGAUUCACAUAAGACGCUUCCAUAUAAACUGUACAGAACUGCAGGUCCGGCCUUUACGAACUGGAGCAUCGCUGCUGCUGAGUCUGACCUCAAGUAUUGGAAAUGGGUUGUGUGUCGAUUUCAGACUCCACUAGAAAAUCACAAUAAUGGAAAAUUCCAGAACUUUGGUGAAAUCCCCAGUGAGUGGAAAACUUAUUCUAAAGAAGAAGCGAUUCAAAGUCUGGAUGAAACCUAGAAGCUGUGCCUUUUUUAACUGACUAUUCACAAAUUACAUCAUAGACUUAGAUCAAACACUGAUAUUCCACUGCUCCACAUCAGCCUGCACAGAAACAUGAAUAUCAAUGUCAACACCCCGUCUACUAACUUGGUCAAUUCCAGUUGUUUUUAUUGGGCAUUUUGUCAUUUAGCUUUGUAUUCUGCUCUUAUUGGUAUUUUUGGUUUCUACUGAGUGUAGGUUUGAUUGUUAUUGAGACUCAAGCUGUGUUUUUCCGCUACAUUUUUAUUUGCAUAGUAGAGUCCAGUGCUUGGUCCCAGUUCAGGUGAUGCCUCCUUCAAGAGCGGCAACUAAAAUCUGUUUGUGUCAUUAAAGCUCUUCAGUGUGUGUCACAUAUCCUGAGGUUAGUUUAAAGAACCUGAAGCUCAGGGACUUCACACACCCACAACCUGAACUCAAACUGUUUAGCAAAUUUGCCAACUGUAUGCUUUUUGUGUAACUCCAUUCUACUGUACAUAACAAACCAAUAAAACAACUAUCAC